AUGGACUGGGUGGGCGAUUUCUGGCCGAACGCGGACGGCAGGUUCAAUGGGGUGGACGACGGCCCGGGCGCCAAUCGUAUGGACUGGCUGCCCCACUGGGGCCCGGAGCGGCCGGGCGACGAGUACCUCACGGACAAGCUCACGCGGCACACCGUCGACUUCAUCAAGAAGUACAAGGCCUCCCGGCUCUUCACCCAUCCCUCGCCGGCUAACAGUGAAGGGCGUCUUGACCGUGUCUGCCGUGACCAGGCCGUUCCCUUCUUCAUCUAUCUCGCGUACAACGCGCCGCACAACCCGUGGCAGGCCAAGCUCAGCGAUCGCAACGAAACUAUCGCGCGGCUGUGGAACGAGCCAAAGGCCAUCUACGCGGCUAUGGUGAAGGCGGUCGACGAUGGCAUCGGGCGGCUCUACAGCUCUACAACUCUACAGCGCUCUACACUCUACAUCCUCUACACCCUCCCUCAGCGUGUGCCGGGGUAA